AUGUUUACAUCUACUGCUCAAACACUCGGACUUUUGCAACUCUCCUCAGAAACUAACUUAUUAAACACAUAUGAUAAAGAAAUACAGUCCGGAAUUGUCAGUCUGAUCUGCAAGCAAUUUUUCUCGAUGGAGACAGACAUCAAGCAGCACUGCACUUCCGUCAACCACAUUUCUUUUGUACUGGAAGUCAUCGCUGCUGGGUUUAAAAUGGAUUUGAACUUCUCCGACCUCAUCGAACAGUGUAUAGACCUUUAUGAGAUGUGGUUUGUGCAGCGACAACACUUACCAGAAAUCAUUGAGAACAAUUUUAGUGAGUAUCUGGAGACUAUUUUAUUGCACCUGACACUUGUAUUCAACCAUGCACCGUCCACCCCACAACAAAAAGCAUAUGAAACAUUAUGCAAAAGAGUGAUAGGAAUUUUCCAGGCGUUAUAUCCCACCAUCAGAGGGACGAAGACAGAAGGCGUGUUUGUAAGAGCGUCUGUUGCUGUGAUGGAGGAUGCGUACAACGCACAAAACUAUAUUGUUAUAUCAGAAACAGUGAGAUUUUUCCAUGUAAUUUGGGUCGCUUUUCAAACUUCCGACACAUUAUUAUGGUAUGUGUUACAUAGCAGAUACACAAAGUGGAUAAUCCACCAAUCUGUAGCGACGUCUUGGAAAGAAACGCUUCUCACAGUCGAAAGGGGGCUGAUCUCGCUUUUGGAGGGACAAGAUAGUUGCAUUCUAACAGCGGCAACGUCGAACUUUGAGGUGAGCUCUACGUACCAAUCGACGUACUUACUGUGGUUCUUCCUCAAAUUUCUUCAUUUGGGAGGUAAUUUGUGUGAUGUUGAGAAGGCUGAUGUUCAUAGCAGCUUAUUGCAAGCCGUAGGAUCCUUUGUUGAUCUAUUGUUGCCAACCACAUUAAAUGGGAAUGACAUUUUGAGGUUUUUUUGUGAUGUGUUGUACCAAACAGUGAUAUACAAAGACCACAGAAUUUUUUACAAGUCGAUCAACACUGCACUGGUGAUAUUUACAAAAAUUCUGAUCACGAAAUACCCGGUCACUACGUUAUCAAAUGAAUACAUGGUGAAGGUUGAAAGAGUACUCUCGAAAUCAUUGAGUUCAAUUAACAUCCAAAUCAUAUACUGUGUGUUGGAGUGUUGCAAUAAAUUGAUCAAAACACUGCCAACGAUAUGCACGUAUCUCUACUCUGAAAUUUUAAGCGCGAUGAACCGUAUUACGAUCGAACCAAAAGGAACGACUUCGGAAAUUCGACCUAUUGCAAUUGAGUUGCUCACUGAAAUACAAUUUGAGAUGACUUCACAACGAAAUGGAUUGAACGACGGCAAUAGUAAUACAUCAUUGAUGUCGGACUUGAUGGAUAUCAGUUUCAACUUACUCACGCUUGACCCUGAAAAUGCAGAUGGCGUGUUUCUGGUGUUAAGUCGAUUGAUUGUGAGUAUGUGUGUUCUUAAUGAUGGGUUUGUGUUGGUCAACAAACUUUUAGACCACUUUCUAAGUCUUCUUUCUGCGAAUUACACGGACUGGUUUUCGAAAACAAAAGACCCUGAAAAUACAUUGCUGGACUUUUUUGAAGAGGUUGCGAGACACGCCAAGCAAUUUGAGUUAAAAACGGUCAAGGCGAUAUUUGGACUGAUUCAACAGUUUAUCACGUAUCGAAUGGACUCUUUGGAUAUGCUGGAUCCGAUUCUUACUGUCUUCAUGUCGUUUUUCGGUGUGUGUUACUUGUCUUUGUCGAAACAAGAGUUGUUGUUUGUGAGAGAUUUGAUGGACAAAGUUGCGAAUGCUGUUGGUGGAGAUGUUUCCCGGUUGUCUGGAUUUACUUUUGACAUCAAACUCAUGAAUGUGUUAGCACAAACGUACUUCAGUCGAAAUCUAUUGAACACCACCAUUGACGAGAAAAUUGUUAUGUGUGAACUUCAGAAGAGAAAUAUUGUAUUCAAAGACCAAAUCAGAGUGUUCUAUGUGUUUGAGAAUGCGAUCAUCUCGUUGAUACAAGUGCCAUGGGUUGAGAACACGGUAACUUGCAUAGUCAGAAACCGAUACGGCAAGAAUGUGUACUGCUUUGAGUAUAAUGACGAAAACCAUAAUUGGGUGAUGCGGGAUUUAGUCGAACAGAAGGUCGAAUAUACCGAACGACCAAAACGGAAGUUCAAUCCGACGUGGGCGACGGACGUUCAAUUUUUAAAUGUGUUUGAAAUCGAUAAGAAUGCGACAGAAUGUUUCAAAGAGAAAUACAAACAGAUGGGAAGUGGCGUGUUGGAUUUGCCAACAGUAAUCACAGAAAAAAGAUGGGAAGAACAGGACUGCAAUGUCCUUAACACGUGUUUCCUCCAAAGGAUGCUGAGUACUGUGAUGAACUUUAACAACUUGACACAACCGCCCGUGGAAGUGUUAUUACCUGGCGAAGAGUUGUUUGAUAAAUUACGAGGACUCGACCAUGUGUCGUGUAUACCGAAUCUGGAUGUGAGUGUACAAGCCCAAAAAGUCACUCAAGAGUACUUAGAAUUUGUGAAUCGACUUGGAACAAUCGAACGUGUUGAUGACGGAGAACAUACAUUCAAUGAACAACAUUAUUUGAAUGGAGGAUGUCAGUUGACCUAUCAUGUUGAUGUACUUAAUAAUGAAGAUACGAAAACACAGAGUGCGCUGGAGCUGUCAAGCUCCCCGAAGUUGAAUGACAAAAGUGAACUGAAAAAAGUAACGAUUGUUUGGGGAGGGUCGGAGGAUAUUGUCAUGGAAAAUACACCAAAUUUUGUGAUUCAAAUUAUUCCAACGACAAGCGAACUCUUCUUGAUUCGAAGUUCGAGGAAGGUUGGGAUCUUAAUUGAAAACCAGUUGUGCCCCUUCGAACUACUACAAAACCUGAUUCAGUCAAGUCUUCUGUCAUACACAUGGAAAUGCGAGACUCCAAGAAAACUAUUUGAGAAGAGAACGAGAAGACUGUUGGAAGUUGCGUCAUACCUUGACACCGUGUACACGUCAGUCACGACACAUUCACUCUUCUCGGCAGAAUUUAUAGUCAAAACAAUUCCUGUUGAUUUCAGAAACACGUCAGUCAUUGAAGUACAACGACCGAAACCACAAGGACUAAGUAACUCCGCUUCACAAAAGAUGUUCAACGGUAACUCUCCGUUAGCACCGAAAGAUUUAUCUUCAAAAUCACCAUCAAGUAAAAGUCCGUAUAAUCAUAUGAGACGUAACGUCGAGGCUAAUGCAAGACCGAACACACUGGCUUCACCUAUGGAAAGAAAGUUCACGACAUCCCCACAGAAAUUGGUAGAAGAGUUGGUGCUGACACCAAGUUCUCCUGUUACAACGUUCACAUCUGGAAGUAUCAACACUGGCUCAACCUCUCCACAAAACGUGAAUACGAACACAAGAGGAGCUUGGGGACAAGUAACGUCUGAUGGAAAGAAAACCCAAACAAGGACACCGACUUCGAGAAAAACGUUUAUAGAUGGGUCUAAGAGGAGAUCUUUAAUACCAAGAAAUAUCGCGACGUUACAAAAUGAAGUCAAAAAGGAUGACGCGAAAGUCGAAGGAGAGAAAACAAGCACAGAAAGUAAAGAAGAAGUCACUCACGUAAAGAAAGACCCACUCCAGAAAAGAACUCUUGUCCAAACACAAAGCCAAUCAACACUCCACACAUCACCUCCAGCUGCUGUACAACAAAUGGAAGUGAAAGCACAAGACGACCAAAGUAAAGUUGCUCUAUUCAAGUCACCAACUCACUUGCAACCACCCACUUCAAAACUCUCGUUACCCACUACAGGUCCAAAUCAAAUUGCACCACUCCCACCUACUCCACAAACACAACAACAGACACAACAACCAUCGUUGCAGAGAAGAGCAUUCUUUAAUAAGAGAGCAACUCAACACCAAUCUAUCGAUGGUAAGUGA